GUUUGGGGCUCGCACCGUCGGCUGCUAUGGCCUUCGCCACGCUGUCGUGCCUCCUGCUGGCGCUCUGCGUGCCUGCCGCCGCUCGGUCUCCGCGCCGUCCGGCCGCCGCUCGCAGCCGCCGCGCCUCGCUGCUCGCCAUGCAGACCGCCGGCGCCGGCGGCGAGGCGGACAGCGUCGCGGCGCGGCUCGAGACGGACGGCGUGCUCUCCGGGCUCACGGCGGAGGAGGCGCGGCUCGUGUGCUGGCUUGCGUCGGAGGAGAUGGGCCAGGCCCACCUCUUCGCCGGCUGGUCCGCCGCCGCGCCCGACGACAAGCGCCGGCUGCUGCGGCAGGUUGCAGAGAUGGACGCUCGCUAUCCCGAGGACGCCGCGGGCGCGCGCGGGCUGGCUGCGUACGUGUCGCACGCGCGCACGCUGCUCGCCGAGUCGGCGGCCGACCUCAACCCCUUCGACGGCUACACCGUCUCCGUGCCGCGCGACGGCGAGCGCAUGGAGGUCGGGACCGCCUCCUUCCGCGCCGACGAGGCGCGCGGCGGCGCGAUGCUCAAGGACACGGUCUUCGUGCUCGUUGCGGGCGGGCUGGGAGAGCGGCUCGGCUUCGACGGCAUCAAGGUUGCGCUUCCGGCGGAGACCCUCUCCGGCGCCACCUUUCUGGAGAUCUACUGCACCGCGCUGCGGGCGAUCGAGGAGCGGGAGGGAGGCCGUAAGGCGCCGCUGGUGAUCAUGACGUCGGAGGACACGCACGCGCUGACCGAGGCGCUGCUGCUGGAGCACGGCUACUACGGGUUGCAGCCUUCGCAGGUGCACUUGCUUCGGCAGGCCAACGUGCCGGCGCUCGGCAGCAACGCCGCCGCGUUUGUGGCGUCGGAGGAGGACCCGUUCACGCUGCUCACCAAGCCGCACGGCCACGGAGACGUGCACACGCUGCUGCACGGCUCCGGCCUGCUGCCCGCCUUCGCCGCGGAGGGCCGGUCCCACGUCGUCUUCUUCCAGGACACAAACGUGCUCGCGUUCAAGGCCAUCCCCGCGGCUCUCGGCGUCUCCGAGCGGCUCGGGCUGGCGAUGAACUCGCUCGCGGUGCCGAGGGCGGCGGGCGAGGCGGCGGGCGCGAUCUGCCGGCUGCAGCCGCCGGCGGGGGACGGGCUCGUGAUGAACGUCGAGUACAACCAGCUGGACGCGCUGCUCCGCUCCACCGGUGGCGCGGGCGACGAGGCGGACGGGAGCGGCUACUCGCCCUACCCCGGCAACGUAAACACGCUGGUCGUGGCCCUGGGGCCGUACGCGGACGCACUGGCGGCGAGCGGAGGAGCGAUGCCCGAGUUUGUCAACCCAAAGUACGCGGACGCGAGCCGCAGCGUCUUCAAGAAGCCGACGCGGCUCGAGUGCAUGAUGCAGGAGCUGCCGAAGCUGCUGCCGGCGCACGCAACGGUCGGCUUCACCCAGUUCGAGCGCUGGUUCUCCUUUUCGCCGGUCAAGAAUGCGAUCGGCGACGCGGUCGCGCAGGCGGCAAAGGGCAACUACGCCGCCUCGCCUGGCGCGGGCGAGGCGGCGGUCUACGAGGCGAACGCGGCGCUGCUGCGGCUGGCGGGCGCAACGGUGGAGGCGGGGGCACCCUCGUCCUUCCUCGGCCUGACCCUCGGCCUGAGCCCGCCCAUCUCGCUGAGUCCGCGCUUCGCCCUCACCACGGACGAGCUGAUGCGGCGCGUCAGCGGCGGCGCCGCCGUCCGCAUCUCCGCCGCGUCGGCGCUCGAGCUCGACGGCGACAUCGAGCUCUCCUCUCUCGACCUCGACGGCGCGCUCUCCAUCCGCGCCUCGCCGGGCGUGUCGGUGGUGGUGCGCGGGGCGACGGUGCGGAACGCCGGCUGGUGCUGGGAGUCCGUCGAGCCAGGCGCGGCCGGCAUGCCCGCGGGGGUGUCGAUCCGCGGCUACGCGCUCCGGAAGGAGGGCGGGGUGCAGAUCGAACUGCAGGAGCCGGGCAGGUACGAGGUGAGCGGCGGCGGGGUGGUGACGAGGUUGUGAGCGGGCCCGGCCCUGGCGAAGGAAGCAAAGGCCCCGCCGGCUUCCCCCAGCCGUCGCUUCCACGAGCCCCCACAGCUCUCUUUGUCAGUCAACUGCAUCUCUGCAGAGAGCGGCGCCCUGCCUGCCCCGCUCUUGCGCCCGCCUUUUUUGAAGACAAGCCAUGUCACACUGCCUCUCCGGUCCGGCUCGCACGGUGUCCGGUGCAGCCUACGGUAGUGCCGCCGCCCUCGCGCGCUCGUGACCGACUGCCCGCCCCUGUCUUAACCCCUAAACGGCUGUGGUUCCCAUAUAUGGGAACUUCGCCAAUUCUGUGAAAGAGAAAGCUGAUACCUGUG